AUGUUGAAAAUAGAUUCUGUCUAUACUAGAGUAUAUCAGACGGCCCUCCUAAUGUUCAAGUCAAUGAUCAAUGUCGGAUCUGAUGAUCUAUAUUAUCAUCAUAGCAGUUAUUUAAUCUUACUUCAAAAUAGGCACAGCUCUGAUGUUAUUAUUUGUGCUAGUGAAGGGCAAAAUAUAAGAGAGUUUUGA